ACACACACGUCCUCUGGCUUGCGCCGUUGGAGCCACCAAAUGCCGCGUCCCUAUGCGUCGGCCACCUGGGGAGCCCUUGGCCUAGACGGAAGCUUUGCCGUGCCGGAUAUGAACAGGACGAUUGGACGAACAAGGCAACCCGACCUGGCUCACGGUCACGGCCUCACCCAUCCGCUUGCCAUCCAAUCCGACCCGGCCCCAUCGAGAACGUGCGCGUGCGCGCUGCCUAGGCUGAUACGAGCAGCCAGCAAGCAAGCAACAGAUUUAACCGCCGCCGAUGUCCGUGAUGGCGCGGAGGCUGAGCUCCAGCUGCAGCAGGGCCGUCGCGUCCUCGUGCCCUUCCAAAUCUUCUCUGCGGCGCCGUAUAUAUACCCUUCCUUCCCGCCCGCUGCUACUCGCAUUCUCGCUGCGGGCCUCGCCUCUGUGUCCGGCGCCGCCUCUCCCUCCUCCCACCCCGCCUCGGUGCGUGCGGAUCCGUCCCUAAUUCGUUUGUCCUCUCGUCUCGCCGGUGUUCUUGCGUUAUCGUUUCAGUCUACCCGUUGGUUUGGUAUUGGUUAUGAUUUUGGCGUGUCCGUCACUCCGUUGUGCUGGAUUGGAUCCGGGAGCAGGUGUUCGUUUAGGACUCUCGCGGCGGCCAAGGAGUCGUCGCCGCCGUCGACCAGCGUCUCGCCGACCCAGCAGCAGUCCCGGAGUACGAUAGAGGGAGGCGAGAUGACGGUCGCCUCGUCCGUCAGGCUCGCCGGCGGCAAUCUGACGGUAUGCGGGCGGACGGUGCUGUCCGGGGUGCCGGACGCGGUGGUGGCCACGUCGGCGGCGACGGAGGGAGCGGUCGACGGGAUCUUCCUCGGCGCCGACUUCGCCGAGCCGGCCGCCCGGCACGUCGUCUCCCUCGGCGACCUGAGGGACGUUCGGUUCAUGGCGUGCUUCCGAUUCAAGCUAUGGUGGAUGGCGCAGCGGAUGGGGGAGAAAGGCAGCGACGUCCCGCGCGAGACCCAGUUCCUGCUCGUCGAGUCCAGGGGCGUCGGCGACGAGGACGCGGCGUACGUCGUGUUCCUCCCGCUCGUGGAGGGCGCGUUCCGGGCCAGCAUCCAGGGCGGUGCCGGCGACGCGCUGGAGCUCUGCGUCGAGAGCGGGGACGACGACACGCGCGCGGCGUCCUUCGAGCGAUCCCUCUUCGUGGGCGCCGCGGAGUCCGACCCCUUCGCGGCCAUCUCCGGCGCAGUCGCCGCCGCCAAGUCCGCGCUCAGGACGUUCCGGGUCCGCGCCGAGAAGAAGCUCCCGGGCAUCGUCGACUACUUCGGCUGGUGCACCUGGGACGCCUUUUACCAGGACGUCACCCAGGAGGGCGUCGAGGCCGGGCUCCGCAGCCUCAUCGCCGGCGGCGCGCCGCCCAAGUUCGUCAUCAUCGACGACGGCUGGCAGUCCGUCGCCACCGACACCAACGAAUCGGCCGGAGAGGACAAGCCGCCCCUCCUAUCUCGGCUCACCGGCAUCAAGGAGAACAGCAAGUUCCAGAACGCGGACGACCCGGCCGCCGGCAUCAAGACGGUGGUGCGCUUGGCGAAGGAGGAGUACCGGCUCAAGUACGUCUACGUGUGGCACGCCAUCACCGGCUACUGGGGCGGCGUCCGGCCCGGCGAGGAGCACUACCGCUCCAGCAUGCAGUUCCCCAAGGUUUCGCCGGGCGUCAUGGAGAACGAGCCCGGCAUGAAGACCGACGUGCUCACCGUGCAGGGGCUCGGCCUCGUGCACCCGCGCGCCGUGUACCGCUUCUACGACGAGCUCCACGCGUACCUCGCCGCCGCCGGAGUCGACGGCGUCAAGGUGGACGUGCAGUGCAUCCUGGAGACGCUCGGCGCCGGCCACGGCGGCCGCGUGCAGCUCACCAGGCAGUACCACCAGGCGCUGGACGCCUCCGUCGCCAAGAACUUCCCGGAGAACGGCAUCAUCGCCUGCAUGAGCCACAACACCGACGCCCUUUACUGCUCCAAGCAGACGGCGGUGGUGAGGGCGUCGGAUGAUUUCUACCCAAGGGACCCCGCGUCGCACACGAUCCAUAUCGCCUCGGUGGCGUACAACAGCGUGUUCCUCGGCGAGUUCAUGCUCCCGGACUGGGACAUGUUCCACUCGCUCCACCAGGCCGGCGACUACCACGGCUCCGCCCGCGCCAUCAGCGGAGGCCCUGUCUACGUCAGUGACGCACCCGGCAAGCACAACUUCGAGCUGCUGAAGAAGAUUGUCUUGCCCGACGGUUCCAUUCUCCGCGCGCGUCUGCCUGGCCGGCCGACCAAGGAUUGCCUGUUCACGGACCCGGCACGGGACGGCGUAAGCCUGCUCAAGAUCUGGAACAUGAACAAGUUCACCGGCGUGCUGGGCGUGUACAACUGCCAGGGCGCGGCGUGGAACUCCGUGGAGAAGAAGAACACCUUCCACCAGACCGGCACCGAGGCCCUGACCUGCGGCGUCAAGGGCGGCGACGUCCACCUCAUCUCCGAGGCCGCGACGGACACCGAAUGGGACGGCGACUGCGCCAUGUACCGGCAUGCCGACGGCGACCUCGUCGUCCUCCCGCACGACGCGGCGUUGCCCGUCUCCCUCAAGGUCCUGGAACAUGACAUCCUCACCGUGUCACCCAUCAAGGAGUUGGCGCCUGGUUUCAGGUUCGCCCCGAUCGGGCUGGUGGACAUGUUCAAUAGCGGCGGGGCGGUGGAAGGCCUGACCUAUCACCUCCUCGGCGGCGACGGUUCCACCUUGGGCUCCGAGGCUGUCGCAUUGGCGUGCAUGGAGGUGAAGGGCUGUGGAAGGUUCGGUGCCUACUCUUCGGUCAGGCCAAGGAAGUCCACGCUCGGUUCAGCUCAGAUUGAGCUCAAGUAUGAUUCUUCCUCAGGGCUGCUGAUUCUGCAGCUGGAUGCGAUGCCCAAGGAGAGGGUUCACAAGAUUGUUAUUGAGUUGUAGGGUGGUACAAAGAUUUAGUUUCAUUGGUAAUCAGAGUACCCUCUGAUGACGAGUAUGUAGGGACUGGAGUGGCGUAUGGUUUGAUUGAUAGGCAAAUCUGAUUCAUGAUUCAAGCUUGUCUGGACUAUGAACAGCUGGCCUUCAGUAUUUGAUUACAUUCAUUCAAACACCCGUUUCCAAAUGUUCAGUAUUGUUACCGUAUGCGAGCGAGCAAAGUAUAUAUGUUAUACAUUGACAA